UAAUAUUGUGCGAUAAUUUCAAGCACUCUUGCACGUGUUGCUUAGCGAGUUUGUGUUUAAGUUUUAUUACAAGUUUUUUUAAAAGUAAUCAUGGUAAAAGUACAAAAACCUCAACCAAAAACUCUUAAAAAAACCACCAAAAGUGAUGGUGCUGUUAAAGAAAAACCGACAGUGAACAAAACCAUUAAGAAAACAUCAAAAGCAACUGGCUUGGCGUCUGCCGCAACUGGAAUAGACAGUAAAAAGAUUGCCGCAAUAAAAUCGGAUGUCAAGAAGAGUUCUGAGCGAAAGAACCCAAAAGUCACCGUGGAAGCUAAGCUCAAAGCAGCGAAAUUGCCACUGAAGACUAAGUCAAUCAAGAAGCCUUUAGUUCUUGCACCUCCAAAAUCGCCGGUUGCAUUGCCAACAAAAACAAGCAAAAAGGCUGCCCCAGUAUCUGUGCCUGUGGCUGCUCCUACUCCUAAAAAAGCGAAAACAGCUAAGAUUAGCAAGACUGCCAUUGAGCCAGUAUUGAAAUCUGUGACGAAGAAGAACGUAAAAGCCGUAGUUAGCAAGACUGCCAUUGGCCCUGUGUUGAAAUCUGUGACGAAGAAGAACGUAAAAGUCGAAGUUACAAAUACCAAGGAAAAUAAGAAGCAAAUUAAACAGUCCGUUGUCCCAGCCACAAAGAACGCCAAGAAGCAGCAACAGUCGGUCAAAGAUGCAAAAGCAUCAAAGAAAGUCUCAGAAAAAGCAAAGCCCAAAUUGGUUACAAAAAAAUUGGCAGCAUUUGGAAAUAAAAAAAAUAAGAAAGGAAAGAUCUCGAAACAGCAAAAUGCAAUAAAACAAAAGGAACCGAAAAUUGUGGAACUGAAAUAUGAAUUGAAGUCGUUUGAUGAAGAUAGAUUUAAUGAAAUUGUCAGCGAGAAAAAUGUUGAAAAAGUGUGCUCUGCGCUUAUGAGUCAGGUGCGCGAGGAGGUGCAGAAGCAAAAGGCGACGCCAAUCUUUAGCGAUUACCGCUAUAUUCUACAGGUGUCCAGCUAUAAGAUACCCAGCUGUCCGAAGCGCGUAGUAAAGCUGGCGCUGAAGCACUCGCUGGUUGGCAAGGAUGAUGACGUUGCAGUCAUUGUGACUGACUUGCAGCGCGGAGCUCGUUUCGACUAUGAACCCACUGUGCAACAUUACGAGGAUUUGUUCCGCGAGGCUGGCAUCGAGCAGCGUCUGACGAUAGUGCCAUUCAAUCGGCUACGCAAUGAUAUGGGCACAUUUGAAGCUAAACGCAAGUUCCUGAAUAGCUAUGACUACUUACUCUGCGAUGGACGCAUCUCGGGUCAGGCUACCGCCUUCCUUGGCAACUUUACCCAGAAGCCUCGUAAUGUACUGCACGCGGUCCGUCUGAGCAAAGACAAUCAGUUGGCUAAGGAGAUUUCGCGUGGUCUUUGCCGAACUGCUUACAGACAGUUGCGGAAGGGUGAUCUAACAGCCAUACCAGUCGGCAAUCAUGAGCACAGCGGCAAGCAGCUGGCAGAAAAUGUGCUCUGCGUCAUUCAACAGCUGCAGCAGCAGUAUCCUGGCGGGUUACCCAACAUACGCUCGAUGUAUUUGAAAAUCGACAUUGUGGGAACAUCUGCACUGCCCCUCUACAUCAGCUUGUGCGCCCCACCCGCGGACACACCCUACGUUGUUGGUCCUCGAGAGCAGCGCAUGCUUAAGCUGAAGAAGCAGGCAAAUGAAGUGCUAACUAGAUUUGCUCUUACCAAGGAUGUUGAUUUUGUUAAGCUGACGCACGAUCAGGUUAAGCGUAAGGCUGAACUUCGGCUAAAACGAAAUGCACUCAAAGCGGAGGAUGGAAAGGACGAUGAGGUGAACGGUAAUGGACCUGAAGACUCGAUUGUGUUGGCUAAAAAAGCACGCAAAAAUUUAGCUGAAAAGGUCAAAAAAGACGAGUCUGAAGAGGAAGAUGAUGAAGAUGUUGAGGUAGAUGAUGAUGCUGAUGAUGACGAUGAGGUUGAUGAUGAAGUUGACAAUGAAGAUGAUGAUGAUGAUGAUGAUGAUGAUGAUGAUGAUGAUGAUGAUGAUGAAGAUGAUGAUGAUGAUGAUGAUGAUGAUGAUGAUGAUGAUGACGACGAUGAUGAAUAGAACUAAAAUAAUCCUUAAUUUUGUUUCCCUUUUCUAUUUGAUAUGCAAACUUCAUUAUCUCUGUAAUCGAACGCAGGGUUUAUUAUAGUAAUAAACACUUAGUAAACGUAAGAAGCUAUAUUUUUGUA